AGCGUUCUAGUUGCGUCGCGUCGCAGUGUAGAUGCAGGAUCAAACUCUCUCUGACCGAUCAGGAAGAAGAGAUUGCGAGAGUUUUGUUUCACAGUUCUCUAGAAGCCUAGAGUUUUGUUUUUAAAUAUUGGGUGAAUUCAACUAAAUCUUAAGUUGUUAAAGCGAAAGGAUCCGACGCAAAGAUGUCUGUUGCCGGACUAAAGAAACAGUUUUAUAAAGCGAGUCAGUUGAUGAGUGAGAAGGUGGGAGGUGCAGAAGGAACCAAACUGGAUGAGGACUUCAAAGACCUUGAGAGGAAAGCUGACGUCACCAGCAAAGCCAUAUCAGAUGUGCUCUGCAAAACUACCGAAUACCUGCAGCCUAACCCAGCAUCACGAGCGAGGCUGACCAUGUUGAACACCAUGUCUAAAAUGCGCGGACAGGUGAACAGCCCAGGUUACCCGCAGGCAGAAGGCCUUCUUGGAGAGUGUAUGCUCAAAUACAGCCGAGACAUGGGAGAGGACACCAACUUUGGUGGCGCUUUAGGUGAGAUGGGAGAGGCCAUGAAGAGACUGGCAGAAGUGAAAGACUCUCUAGACAUUGACGUCAAACAGAACUUCAUUGACCCUUUCCAAACUAUAAUCGACAAGGACCUGAAAGACAUACAGCAUCAUCUGAAGAAACUGGAGGGCCGUCGACUGGAUUACGACUACAAGAAGAAGCGUCAGGGGAAGAUUCCGGAUGAGGAGCUCAAGAUAGCAGCAGUGAAGUUUGAGGAGUCCAAAGAAGUAGCUGAAACCAGCAUGCAGAACCUUCUGGAUACUGACGUGGAGCAGGUGAGUCAGCUCGCAGCUUUGGUCGAAUCUCAGCUGCAGUUUCACAGACAGUCAAUGGAAAUCCUGGAGGAGCUGGCACAGAGAAUGAGAGAAAGAGUAAACAAGGCCCAAUCUCAGCCGCGCCAGAAACGGAUGCCUGUGUCCAGACCUAGUUUUGAUUGCUCAGAGCCGGAAGACUCUAACGGAGGCUGGAGUCCGUCAGCUGCGCCAGCCUCGUAUCCAUCCGCAGCGGCCCCCUCCUUUAACAGGACAUCUUCACGGCAAAAGCGCAAUUCGACAGAUCAGCCCUGCUGCAAGGCUCUGUAUGACUUUGAACCGGAGAAUGACGGAGAGCUUGGCUUCUGCGAGGGCGACAUCAUCAAGCUGACCAAUCAGAUAGACGAGAACUGGUUCGAGGGAACCGUGCAUGGCCAGACCGGAUUGUUCCCCUGUAACUACGUAGAGGUGAUGGUGCCGCUGCGGCACUGAUCCCACACAAAACAGGAAGUGCAAUGGCAGGAAAAGGGAAGCCUUAUAAAUCCACUUCUGCACUGUACCUGUGUUUCUGAGAAGUAUAGUGGGACUCACACAAUUAAAAAGCUCAUCUUACAGAUAUUAGAGCUCAGUGUGGAUGUUGAGCUCUUGAAAAGGGAAAUUAAGUGUGUGAACCACUGUUGUGAUUCUGUUUUUUAAGUCCAGGUUGUUUGUCUUCUGGAUUAUUAUGCCUUUAAUCGGUUUCACUUCCUCAAAGAAGGAAAUCAGAAGUUCCUCUAUCACUGAUUCUGGUUCAGCUUCUGUUUCUCAGGGAAAGGUACAUCUGCUGUAGUCCUACUGUACAGAGAAUCUCAUUGGGACUCAUUCAUAAUAUCUAAUAUAAUUCUAUGUUCAGAACAAAAGAUUGUGCUGACAAUUGAAAUUUGUUUCAUAAACUGUACCAAACAAAUGUUUACAUGCUUCUUAUACCUUUGUAUUUGUGAAUUUUACUAGUCUUUUCAAUGCAUCUUGAAAAGGAAAUCUUGAAAACUGGGAUCAGGCUGUAAUUUGUCCAGAGUUACUGUAGUAGAAGUAGAAAAUCAGAGCUGUCAGAAAGCGUAAUGCCCAAUGUUGUGCAUCAGAAUUGUCACUAAUAGGUCAAUAAGGAUAUACCACAGCAAUUCAGAAAGAAUGAGAUUUCAGCAGCUAGAGAUCCUGCCAUCUCCUCUUUUGAUGUACAUUUUUUCUCUUUUACUUGCGUGAUUACAUUUGCAUUAGUGAGCAGGUCAGAUUUCAUGUAAUUCAGUUGUUUAAUCCCAAAAGGAACCUGUGUGACCAGCUUUUUGAAAAGUAGAGUAUAAAUGCUUGUCAUUGUGUUUCGGGUGAGGGAUGUUGGUUCAAGGCUUCAGGUUCAGGUCUUGCUCUGGUAACCCUAUUUUACCUUGCGCUGUUUCCUCUAAGCUGCUUCCUACUGUAUUACUGUACUCUCAGCAUCCUGCCUGCCUUCUGGUGUUCCUUACACUACACUUAACAAUAAUAAUAUUUUAUUAUGGGUAGAAUGUAUUAUAUGAAAUGGAAAACCUUGUCUGUGCCUCUUAUUGGCAAUUAUCAUAACAAUCAGAAAGUGUUUCAGAAAGAAUGCUUCCUUGAAUCAGUAUUUCCUGCCUAAUCCAUUUGUGAUUUAUGUUUUAUUAUAAAAAUGUGCAGGGUUAAGAGAACAUUGUAUAUUUUAAAUAAAGGUGAAAACUAA